AGGUAAAUCAUAAAGCUUAUUACACUGUAACACACACACCAGUCAGCUGCUGUGUGUGUGUGACCGGAGCUCUGCAGGCGGGUUGAGUUGCUUUAUUUAUCUUUCUUACUUCUCAGGUCACAGCUGACACUUUAGUGGAGUUAUGAUGAUGAUAACGGGUCAGGUUGAUCACGUGACACUAUGAGCCCGAUGUGAACGUGAUGUUCUUGUGUGAUUGAAGCAACAUGAGUCUGAAGCUCCUCUUCAUGUAUCAUCAUCAUCAUCAUCAUCAUCAUCAUCAUCAUCAUCAUCACACUCAGCCUGUUGCUCUGCCCUGAGUGCAAAGAGCUCUCAUCAACUGCUGUUGCGCAACAACACAUGUUGUAUUUACUGCCCUGUAACUUCAGAUGCGCUUCCUGCUGCUGUUCAGCCGCCAGGGGAAGCUGCGGCUGCAGAAGUGGUUCACGCCGGUGACGGACCGCGAGAAGAGGAAGGUCAUCCGGGACAUGAUGGCGCUGGUGUUGGCCCGGCAGCCUCGCUCCUGCAACUUCCUCCAGUGGAGGGACCUCAAGGUCGUUUACAAGAGGUAUGCCAGCCUGUACUUCUGCUCCGGUCUGGAGAGCCAGGAUAACGAGCUGCUGGCCCUCGAGGUGCUGUACCGAUAUGUGGAGCUGCUGGAUAAAUACUUUGGCAAUGUGUGUGAGCUGGACAUCAUAUUCAACUUUGAGAAGGCGUACUUCCUCCUGGACGAGUUCCUGAUGGGAGGAGAAGUUCUGGAAACCUCUAAAGGAGCCGUGCGGGUGUCCAUGCAGGAGGCGGACACACUCCAAGAGACGAUGGAGGAGUACAUGAGCAAGCCGGCCUACUGAUGAGAGGCUCACGGCUCAAGACUUCACGAGGUUCAUCUCUCCGCCUCAUUUCUGUUGCACCACUUAUCUUUUAACGCCUUUUUAAGCCUCAUAUUUAUCAAUCUGUCUUUUUUGUUGAAAUCUAAUUCAAAUGAAUGUAUUGUGUGAUGAUGAGUAAAUGAAGAACCAUGAGACACAGUAAGGAAAAAUAAAGUCAAUGCUUUAUUAACCUCAGGUAUGUCACAUAUGACCACAUUUACAAAAGAAAUUAAUAAAAACACACGAGUGAA